UUGGUUUUCCAUGGGGUGGGUGGGUUCUAAUUUCACUCCCCGCGUGUUGCAUCUGUCCACCCAAAUUCCAUUGCUUCUGUCACCCAAAUUUCCUAGGGUUUUCCUCUCCCAUUCGCGCCGGCUUUGUCCCCUUCCUCUUCGUCGCCAUCCACCGCCGAAGUCAAGCUCAGACUUGGGCUUCGUCGCCAUCCACCGCCGAAGUCGAGCUCAGACUUGGGCUUCGUCGCCUUCUCCGAUCUCCGACUUCCUGUGAGUCGCCAUCCACCGCCGAAGACAAGCUCCGUCUUGGGCCUCGUCGCCAUCUCCGCAAAAGACCAGCUCCGACUUCGUGUUCGUCGCCAUCUCCGCAGAAGACCAUCUCCGAUUUCGAGUUUCAGGCCACCGGCAGAUCUUCAUCUUCUUCCACGGUUUAUUGCUUUUUGUUGAAGAUAGAAGGAUAUCCAAGUUGCAAAUUUUGUUCCCUGAGGACCACAGAUUGGAUUAGAUGGCAGACUGGGAGGAUGAGCCAAUCCCAUCUCUUCUUAAAAAAGAACAGCCGAAGAAUAGUUGGGAUGAUGAAGAUGUGGAUGACAAUGAUGUCAAGGAAUCUUGGGAGGAUGAAGAUGAACCUGCUCCGGCACCUGCGCCUGCGCCUGCACCUGCACCUGCACCUGUACCUCCAGUUGAAAAGGUCCCUAAGAAGACAAGUGCAAAAGCUAGUGAAGACAAAGGAAAAACUGUUGAGGUAGUGAAGGAAGUGCCACUAAAUGCUGUGGCUGAAAAACUUCGUCAACAGAGGCAGCUUUAUAUGGGAGUGCUUGAAGGUGUUGUACAUUUUUAUGCCUAUCUUGUGUUGAACAUGCAUGCACAAUCGGUUUAUACCUUAGAGGAUCAUCUGAAAGGGAAGGAUUUAUGUUUACUUUUCCCUUCUAUACUUAUAUCAUACAGACUUGUGGAGGAGGCUGAUUUUAAGUCCACCAGAGACUUGUUUGGUGGGAGAGGUGACGAGAAGACCCUUGAUAAUUUUAUUCCCAAAUCUGAAAGUGACUUUUUAGAAUAUGCAGAACUCAUUUCUCAUAAACUUCGCCCAUAUGAGAAAAGAUUCCAUUACAUUCAAUUGCUCAAAGAUGUAAUAAGAUUGUCAAUGAUGUCUCUGAAAGCAGCAGAUGCAAAGGAGGUUGCGUCUUCUGUCACUGCUAUAGCAAAUGAAAAACUAAGAGCGGAGAAGGAAGCCAAUGCUGGUAAAAAGAAGACAGGUGGGAAGAAGAAACAACUCCUUGUUGAUAAGCCAGACGAUGAUGUGGUAGUUGAUGGUUAUGAUGGUUAUGACGACUUUGAUUUUAUGUGAGUCCUUUUGGUGUCUCUGGAUUUCUCCCCCAAAGAAAUCUAGGAUCCAGUUAAAAUUGUUCCCAGUAGUGGUGAGUGGUGACAAUCGACCGGCAUUUUCUGCUUCAAACCCCUGAAAUUUGAAUGUGUUGAACUUGCAGUAACGUUGAAUAAAAAGGCUUCUGAAAUUUGACUUGUGUACUU